AUGGCGCCGCAGUUGGAGCCUUUUUUCAAGCAGGUGGACGACUCGUCUAACUCCUUCAUCGAUCGUCUGCGAAAAGCAGUUGCUAUCCCCUCGGUCUCCGCGCAAGAUGAGAACCGAAAGGAUGUCUUCCGGAUGGCCCAAUUUCUUGCCGAUGAGCUUGAAGCUCUUGGAGCCGAGGUCCACCAGCGUCCAUUGGGCAAGCAGCCCGGCAAGGAGCACCUCGAGCUCCCCCCAGUGGUGAUUGCGAGGUAUGGUAACGAUAAGAGCAAGCGCACCAUUCUGGUCUACGGACACUACGAUGUGCAGCCGGCUCUCAAGGAAGACGGCUGGGCCACUGAGCCGUUCGAUUUGACCAUCGACGAGAAAGAUCGGAUGUACGGUCGUGGUGCCACAGAUGACAAGGGCCCCGUUCUUGGAUGGCUCAACGUGAUUGAUGCCCACCGAAAGGCUGGCAUCGACUUCCCCGUCAACUUGCUCUGCUGCUUUGAAGGUAUGGAGGAGUACGGAUCCGAGGGCCUAGAUGACUUCAUCCAAGCCGAGAGCAAGAGGUUCUUCAAGGACGCGGAUGCUGUUUGCAUUUCUGAUAACUACUGGCUCGGUACCGAGAAGCCCUGCUUGACCUACGGUCUGCGAGGCUGCAACUACUACUCUGUCAGCGUGUCGGGUCCUGCGCAGGACCUGCACAGUGGUGUCUUUGGCGGCUCUGCCCACGAGCCCAUGACCGAUCUGGUUAACGUUCUGUCUAAGCUUGUUGAUGCUCAAGGCAACAUCCUGAUUCCGGGUCUCAUGGACCUUGUGGCUCCUCUUUCCGAGGAUGAGAAGACCCUAUAUGGAAACAUCAGCUACACUAUGGAUAACCUCCACGAGUCAUUGGGCAGCGAGACUGGCAUCCACCCGACCAAGGAGCGCACUCUCAUGGCCAGAUGGAGAUACCCCUCUCUGUCUAUUCACGGCAUCGAAGGUGCUUACUCUGCCCCAGGUGCCAAGACGGUCAUUCCCGCCAAGGUCAUUGGUAAAUUUUCCAUUCGCACUGUUCCAAACAUGGAGAGUGCCGACGUGAACAAGCUCGUCUUUGAUCAUGUCAAGGCCGAGUUUGCCAAGCUGAACAGCAAGAACACCUUGGAUGUGUGGCUGCAGCAUGAUGGUAAGUGGUGGGUCGCCAGCCCGAAGCACUGGAACUUCUCUGCCGCUGGCAAGGCUGUCCAGCAGGUCUUUGGCGUUGAGCCUGAUAUGACUCGCGAGGGUGGAAGCAUUCCUGUCACCUUGACCUUUGAGCAAGCCACUGGCAAGAAUGUCUUGCUUCUCCCUAUGGGAAGCUCGACUGAUGCCGCUCACUCUGUCAACGAAAAGCUUGACAAGAGAAACUACAUUGAGGGAACCAAGCUGUUGGGAGCAUAUCUGCACUACGUUGCGGAAGAGCCUACCUCGGCGUAG